AUGGUCACCGAUGGCCUGGCAAACGCUUACCGCUCGGAGCGGCUCAUAUUUCGAGCCAUAGAAAACAACGACGAAGACAAGAAGUUCCUGCACACCCAGAUCGAGAAUGAUCCAGUCACCGUCGCCCUCUCCAAUCCGAUGGCACUAAUGCCAAGAACGAGCAAGCACAGCGAGUGGAUGGUUGAGGAAAUGGCCAAAUCUGUCCUGUCUGUGAUGGUGUGCCUACCAUCCGAUCCUGCGAGCGACGAAAAGCUUGACGAAAAGCUUGACGAAAAGCUUGACGAAAAGCUUAACGAAAAGGUUGACGAAGCAAAGACUGGCGCGCCAAAGCCCAUCGGAUACCUAGCAAUCGGCUGGGGUGGCAUCCCUCCGGCAAUGGCUCAUCACCGCUCAGUCGGCCUUGGGAUCGCGAUAGCACCGCAGUAUCAAGGAAAAGGCUAUGGGGCGGAGGUCAUUAAUUGGGCUCUCGACUGGGCUUUUCGGUAUGGGAAUUACCAUCGCGUUCACCUUGGCACUGUUUCCUACAAUGAGCGAGCGCAGCACUUAUACAAGAAGCUCGGUUUCGUGGAGGAAGGCCGCAGCCGCGAGUCGUACUGGUUUGAUCGAAAGUGGCAUGAUAUGAUCAGUUAUGGAAUUCUGGAACACGAAUGGGAGGCUAUCAGAGGCACUGACUCCAAGUAG